UCAGACCACGCGCCGCUGGCACAAAGCAGUUUCCAGAAGGAAGAACAAAAGUGUGACCUGAAUCAGAUGCUCUGAAAUACAGCUGAAGCCAAAGGCGUGCAGACUCUGCAUCAUACCUGGGCCACAAAUACCCUACCCAGAUCCAGGGGAAGCAUGUUACUGGGAGAAGCCUGGAAGCCAAACCCUGUCUAAUUGCUGCAGGCAAAUUCAUGCACCAGAAGCUGUUGUGUGCGGUAGGGAGAGAUGGUUCACGCAUGCAUUGAUCAUGGCACCGCCCCGGCAGAGCUGACUAUGGAGCAUACAGAUCGCACAUGUCACCGACUGAUUCAAGGCAUCGCUAUGAGAAAUGAGAGUGGGAGUUGAAGCCUGAGCUGGACUUUCCAGAUGUGGUGGCAGUGAGAGCUGAGUCAGGUUUUCCAGAUGUGGUUGCACUGACUGCCUAUCCCUGCUGUUUCUGGGAGGUUAUAACUGAUUAGCCCAUAUGACCAACAUGAGCUGGAGUUUCUUAACCCGUCUGCUAGAAGAAAUUCACAAUCACUCCACCUUCGUGGGGAAGGUCUGGCUCACGGUGCUCAUUGUCUUCCGGAUCGUCCUGACAGCUGUUGGGGGGGAGUCCAUCUACUCCGAUGAACAGAGCAAGUUCACGUGCAACACCAAGCAGCCGGGCUGUGACAACGUCUGCUACGAUGCCUUUGCGCCGCUGUCACACGUCCGAUUCUGGGUCUUUCAGAUCAUCAUGAUAUCCACCCCAUCCGUCAUGUACCUGGGCUAUGCCAUCCACAGGAUCGCUAGGUCCACGGAGGAGGAGAAGCGGUUUAGGGGGUUCAAAAAGAAGAAGAAGUUUGCUUUGAACUGGCAGGAUGUCCGGAACUUGGAAGACCCCAUGGAAGCAGAUGAAGAGGAGCCCAUGAUCUCCGACAACACGGGGGAAAACAACGAGAAGGCCAAAGACAAGGAGAAGAGCAAGGAGCCGCAAAAGCACGACGGGAGGAGACGCAUCCAGCAAGAAGGGCUGAUGAAGAUUUACGUCUUCCAGCUCCUUGCCAGAGCUUCAUUUGAAGUCUGCUUCUUGAUAGGGCAGUAUCUUCUCUAUGGCUUCGAGGUGGAAGCUUACUACGUCUGUAACCGAGCCCCUUGCCCUCACGCAGUGGACUGCUUUGUGUCCCGGCCGACGGAGAAAACCAUCUUCCUCCUGGUGAUGUACGUCGUGAGCUGCCUGUGCCUGUUGCUCAACAUGUGCGAGAUGUUCCACUUGGGGUUUGGGACCAUUCGAGAUGCCAUUCGCAACCGAAAGAUCAAUAGCUUCAGGCAGCCCCCCUACAACUACUCCUACCCGAAGAACAUCUCCUGCCCUCCUGAGUACAAUCUGGUCGUGAAAUCCGAGAAGUCUACCAAGAUCCCCAACAGCCUGAUGCCGCACGAGCAGAACUUGGCUAACGUUGCCCAGGAGCAGCAGUGCACGAGCCCGGACGAGAACAUCCCGACCGAUCUGUCCACCCUCCAUAAACACUUGCGGGUGGCCCAGGAGCAAUUAGACAUAGCGUUCCAGAGCUAUAACGCCCCGCAAGCCAACACGCAGCCCUCUAGGACCAGCAGCCCGACUUCGGGUGGGACUGUGGUGGAGCAGAACAGGGCCAACACCGCCCAGGAGAAACACGGCACAAAACCCAAAGCCAGUUCAGAGAAAGGCAGCUCUAGCAGCAAAGAUGGAAAGACGUCUGUAUGGAUAUAGUUAGGGGUUGGGCGUGAUGCAUUUAAUGGGCAAUGUAAGUAGGGGGUGUGGGUUUCUGCACCCCUGCCCCAGUAUUGUCUUGAGUUGAUUUUGCAGCACAAUUUUAUACACCGGUUGAUGGAAAUAUUGUUAAGCGGUUCCAGACUGGUUUAAUAAUGUCUUCUAAUGUGUUUAACAACAGACAGUUUCCUUCUUUUUCGGGGACUUUCCAGGGAGCUAAGCUUGAACGGUGCAACCCAGUGCACACUGCCUAGGUGUGGAAGUAAGAGCCUCUCUCCUGAAGCCGCUCGUGCUGGUUUCCAAGGCCAUCUCACUGCAGGGUCUCCUCUUUAACAGGGACAGUUUCAGUGACAAGCAGGCUGGCUGGUGGAAAUGGAGCUCCCCGGUCACUGAGAAGAAAGGUCUUGACUACACCAAGCAACUCACGUCCCGCAUAUGAAGCUAUACGUACUGUACUUGUGUGCCGAGAAGUUUAUUACUAAACGUUCUUACUCCAAUUAAUUUCUACUUCCUCCGUUAAAUGGGGAAAAACCCUGAUUGUUGCUUAAACUUUCACAACACGCUCUUAUUACUAGUUUCCUGUCUGAAUUCUUAAACAUGUCAGCAAGGGGCCAUUGGAAAUGAAUGCAGCAGAGAUCACCGGUGCUGGGUCUAACUAGGCACCAAAGCAAUAUUAUGACUUUCAGCAAUGCAGGAACCAUAUUUAAAAAGAACGUAUGAGAUCCUGAGUGAUUCAGUGUUAAGCUAUUGUUUUAUUCUUCUUUGCUUUUCAUUUCAAUGGUGAAGGAAAAGAAGAUCAAAUGCUACAUAGCAGAAAUGGAUGAUAAACGUGCAUUGUAAUGAUGCUGAAGCAUUUAUUAUAGAUCGAGUGGGAAGUGUAAUGGUUUAUUGUUUUUAACCCUGCUGUUGCACAUCAUAAGAAAAAGUGCCUUUUAGAAACCAGGAAAACAAAAUUCUAAAUAUCUGAUGUCUUCAACUGUCAAAUCUCGGUAGAGACCUGAAGAUCAGUGUUGAUAAAUUUUGCUAUCAUGUGCUUUUUAAAAUCAAAACUUUAUAAAUGGGUGCAGAGAAAUGGACCUAUGCAUAGGGGUGUAUGGUGUGUGUGUUCCCGUAUAUAUAAGAAAAUAUAUACAACCACACAUGAACAUGCAUGUGUGAUAUGCAUGUAAGGCAAUAUCAACCCCAUGGUGAUCUUUACACCGAAAAUCAGACCAUAAUGGUGCCCUGUUGUCUUCCCAUAGACAUCUCCUGGCAAAACUCUAAGCCAGCUGGGUAAUUGGCCUUGCUGCUUUUGCUCCACUUGAACCAGGCUGUGGAUCUGGCUAUUUGAUUUUAGUGGGAACAGGACAGAGACUCUUCAGCAGAAGCUUGCACCAUAGUCACAGGUGCAAGGCAAAGUGGCCUACACUGAGCCCUGCGCUGCUGCUUCCAGGCUCCGAGCUAGUUUGGGCAUGUCUACACUACGCUGCAGUCACAGCAGUGGCACCAGUACAGACAUCCCCUAUGGACCAAAUCCCCCUUUCCUCACACACGCAAGCAAUUCCACUGCCCAUGUCUGCACCAGGAUAUCGUGGCUAACAUUUCUCACCAGUGAUAGUCGCAGUGCAGGGUUAAGGCAGACGAUGCAAGAUGGUGCUUAAAAAUAAGGGGGGGCCUGUUUGCAGAUUGUAUGAUUUUGUCCUUCUGCCGUUGCUAUCUCCAGUAAAACCGAACCCUGGGGUUAGCAAGUGGAAAUGCGAGUCACAAAAAAAAAAAAAUCCCAGUGCAAACACCACCGUCCAUUGCAACGGGGCUGUUCGUGGCAGUGAGGCAAGAAGGUUUAGGACAUAAGCACAACACAGCACCAUCGAAGGAGGUUGCUUUUUCGGAAGUACUUGGGCAGUGUAUUUUCCCAUCCUGUGCCGGACGUACAAAACCGCAUGGGCCGGGGCUAUUGAUAUGAUUUAGUUGUAGUGACGCACAGCAGAAAAGUGAUCCUGGCCACAGGGUUAUUGAUCACCCUGAGUAUUCGCGGACAAGCUGAAGAAAGAAACUGUGUCCUAUAAAUGCUCAAGGCAAGGCGUACAUGAUUGCCUCAUCCUCUGAGCCUAGGCACUCUCCUCCACUCCUGCUGAAGGCACUGGCUUUGCAGGAUGCACUUGGCACCUUUCAGGAUCAAAGCCAUAUAUUUGCACUGUGACAAUAGCAGCAUUAAAGCCCUGAAGGAGCAGGGAAGACAAGCGUACCCUUACCUUUUAAGCAAGUCCACGGCUCCAUUAGUCAAUGCACUGCCCAUGCGUGCAAGGGCUGUGUUCACUUAGACCCUAGUGGCAUGGUGACACAGUAUCUGACAUGACACAGUGUCACUUGUAAUGAUGGCAGGACAAGAGCUGGGUAAACUGAGUUGAAAGGCAACAGGUGAACCCCCAGAGAGAGCUGUGGUUGCAAAUACUUGAAUAUUUGUUUUGCUCAGUGGCCUGCGAAGGAACUCAGGACUUGCCCCUGCUCCCACCAAAGCCAUUAGUGAGACUCGAAGGAGCAGAAACUGGUCCCUUUAUUUACGAUGCUGCCUUUGACUGUGAGUGAGGAGGCCGUCACGCAAUGCCAGGUCUGUCGGAAGAAAUCCGCCUUCAUUCACGUGAACUGCAGGACACGGAGGUUGGGUUUCACAGGGUGGUAAGCUUGCUCUUCCCACACGCACGUUUUAGCUGUGAGGCUUGCCUGAUGUGCUUAUCACAUUCCUAACCCGGGUGGGAGGGCGAGGGUCGGGGUGGGAGAGGAGGGAGGAAAAACAUAUCCGUUUGCUCUUCAUGUCUCGUUGCUCUGCAUGUCAUGGAGCAAUUUGCCCUUCAGCAUUGCAUUCGGGUGUCUUCCCUAAGCCUGAAAGUCAAGAGGGGCGGUUUGGUAAUGGUGGGCUGCCGUUCCAAAGCAUAUGUGCUCUGGCACCCUCCAGGCCCCUGGAUUUGCGUGCUUAGUGCUGGGGCGCAGCCAGUCCUGCAGAUGGGCAGUGGUUUACUCUCUCCAGCAGCCGUUUAUCUUGCACAUCUGUGUGGAUCUCACUUGUUUAUCCUUGGCCUCGUGUCCUCAUGAGAAACUGCGUGUAUUCAAUGCGGUGACCCAAAAGGAUGGAAACUCUGAAUAGACUGAUGGUUGGAUGUGUGUGGGAGUCUUUUUUAAUUCCUCAGAAAGGACUAGCAAGGCUGCAGCCCCAUUUAAACUUGUCUUCCCAGGCUAGGCAGGAGGAAUGGCGGCCCCGUGCUGCAGGGCAGAGGUGGUAAUAUGGCUAUAUCUCUGGAGGUAAUAGCAACCCCUGCCAGGACCAUGGGCAUGUCCUUAUCAUAUCCUGGAGCUGGUGUGGGCCUUGUGGUUCUCCCUCAUCAGGGAGCACUAUGGGCUGCGUCCUGGUUUGUUUUUUGCACCUAAAUGGCAUGUAAUUGUAUAAGGCAGGUUUAGAUAUCCAGGUUGUAGCUGGAUUGGUCUAGAGGCAAAAGCAUUCAGGACUUGUGGUAGAGGUAGUAUCUUUUAUUAGAUCAACCAGAUGUUUGCCAAAAAAAUAAAAGAAUCUUUUUUUUGAAAAAAUCUAGUCGGUCUAAUAAAAGAUACCACCUCUACCAUGAGUCCUGAAUGCUUACGGCAGGUUUACUUUUCGUGAAGAGUGCGCGCCAGCUGCUGAAACUUCCUUAGCCUGACGAAGGGUUUUUGAACCUGAAAGCUUGCUUAAAAAUUAUUUUCCAACUAUUUGAGUUGGUCUAAUAAAAGAUAUCAGAUUCACCCAAAGAACUUUGUCUGCCUGUGUCCUUAGACCAACACGGCUACACCCUACAACAUUCCCAAAUUGGGCAUAAGCGCGUAAACCUAAGGCAGAUUUAAGCACUUAUGCCCAGUGUGGGAAUGCCCUGCUUGCGUAUCUGCCAGAAGCAGGGAGGUGGGGAAGAGGAGGAGGAGAGGAGAGCCGACAGUGUAUGGUAACUGCACUAUUCUGCCGUUCAUGCUGUCUCGGGGCUCCGGUACAGCCUCCUCUGCUCCUCUCAUCCCCUGGGCACAGUGCUAGGCAAAGAGCUAUUUACCCCUGGCAACACUCCCAGGUAGUAAACGGUAUAAAAGCACCUCUAUGCCUCGGGGCUAAGUGACUUACCCAGAGCCACACGGAGGGUCUGUUGCAGAGACGGGGACAAUUCGGGGCUCCUAUGCUCAAUCCACCAGACCACAGUGGCUCCAGGGCAGCUGUUCUCACCAGCCUAACCCAUGCCCGGUACAGAGAGGCAUUUUCUUCUACCAGACGAUUAUGCUGGGUAAUAUUUCCCCACCUUUGCAAAGAGAUGUACAGGGUGAGAGACAUCUCUCCAGAGAUGCUGUACUUUCCAGCAACCUUUCCGGGUCACUACUGGGAUGACCCAUAGCUCAGAAUUUCUCUAGCAUUUGUAGGAUCUUCCUGUCCCGGUCAGGUCCAGCCUGAAGGAGAGCAGUACAGGGACACGAAUGUUCAAAGCACUUCAGUGAGCAUCCUUCCUGAAUGGUAUCAUUAUGUGGCACGUGUAUAAUGCUUUGCUUCUUUUACUGGUGAGUGGUUUCAGACAUAGCCUGGAUGGGUUUAAUUGCAUAAUGUAAUUAAUCUGAAAUACUGAAUAUUUCACUAAACAUACAUCCGAUAAAGUGCUCAUCGUAAUUCAGGGCCUGGAAUGUCCCAAGUAGAAGCCAAAUUACCUUUUUUGCUUGCAUUCCAUUCUUCUGGAAAAUACUUGAACUUAACUAAAGGCCAUAACAAGUCUGCAUUGUUAUAAAGUUUCUGGGGGGAGGUUUUUGUACUAACUGUAUUUGUAUUAGACACUUUCUGAGUCUGAAAUUGAAUCUGUAAAUAUUUUUCACUGUAAAUGUUACAUCGGGAAUGUAGUUAGAAAGUUAAAAGAAAAUUGUCAGGAAAAUGCAGCUCCGGUUGGCUCUUCAGUUUCCAGUACUAAUAAAAUGGAAUAAAACUUGCAUUUUGUUACAACA